CACCCAUACCGCGGGGCAGGACUUAUACUUACCCCACACACCUCCUUGAAGUGGACCCAAGCUGAACUAACCCCUACACGACGAAUAGCCACAUGCAUAACGUACAUAUAGUACAAUAUUAGGUAGUUAUCGGGCAGCAGUGAUGGCGGGCUUGUUUGUGAUAGGCAUUGUCGAUUAGAUAUAUGAUGAAAGCUGAAAGCUGAAAUCUAAAACGCGGCAUAAUGACCCAACGCAAUGAUUUCGAUCGUUUGCUUAAGGUUAGGUAGUUGUCGAGAGAAUUUCACAAUCCUGAAUUGCUUUGGAUUUAACUUACUCACAGUCACCAAGAACUAGGUCAUCGUCAUUAUGCCCGUCGAAACGGCUCGACCUUCGUUCUACCUUCUACCUCCAGAGCGGUUGCUUCCCGCCUCAGCGCUGUCCACUUGGCUCGGUCGAAUCGUUAAGUGCUAUUCUGAGCCAGAUGCAAAUUUCGUUCCAGUCGACCCGACACCAUUUAUAACGCACCCAUUCGCGACCAGCAUCAUUACCAACGCAAAUCUAGCUACAUUAUCGCAGCGGAAUAAGGCGCUCGCUGCCACACUCGGUACAUCGGCUAUUCACGCAUCCCGCCAGACUAGCAAUGGCGGCGGCCUCUCGUUCUCGAGCUCCGAGGUUGUGUGCGUGCGUCUUCAGGACCACGACGGAGUAUUUGACAAGCUAAGCCAGCAUGUCGAAACGCGGACUCAGCUCGCGCGGAUGCUCGCACGUGGCGGCAAUGCCGGGUUCAUGGUUACCGCGGUUCUCAUCUGGCGCGAUGCGGCCUUUACCCACUCGCGAGAGCGCGGCGUCGAAACUUCGGCCAGCGUAGCAGUACCCGUAUCCACCAUCGUCACUAGCACAACAGGCAUCAUGCUCCCCUCCGAGCUGACCGAUCCGAGCAUCUCCGGCUCGCACAGCCGUCAGGAUACAGCCGAGGUGUCGGGCGAGAGCAUAGGGAGCCACAUCUUUGCGCUCCAAUACAAGACCGUGCGCAGGUCGGUCAUCCAAUCGUUUCUACGCAUGAAUAACAGCAUCAUGUUGAGAGAAAAGGGACCAGACUUGCCUGCGUCGCAGUCUUUUGCACAAAGAGAUCGUUGGGGCUCCGAUCGGGGUUCUGAUGACGAGGACGAGGAUAGUAGUGAAGAUGAGAGCGAAGAUGAGAGUAGUAAAGAGAGCUUUAGCGACGAUGACGACGCUGCUGGAAUAGGAAAUGAUGUGAAUGUUGUUCUGGAGAUGGAUGAAGAUGAUGUCACUUGGGCUGAUGUGCUCGACGAGGAUGAGGGAGAGGAGAUGGAGCGUGCUGAUGUCGUGAUCGGUGGUGAGGAGAUACAGUUUGUAUUUUGAUUCUAUGGUGAAAAACGAAUAUAAUGACGUCUCACGCAUUGCCCUGUCGAGAGACCCCAGAUUACCUAAGACAUUACGUAAGACAACUACCUUCAAUGUUUGGGCAAGGUUAAGCUUUCAGCGCUUCGCAUGGUUUACAUAACCACACGCGCCACCGUGGGCAGCCCUAGCUUACGAAAUCAAGUUGCUUACUUAAUCAUACCUUUUGAUUCCUCC